CAUGGUGCUUUAAAGGCAGCCAGUGCCUCUAUUUUUCCUUUGUCUAGUUGUGUUGUGACUUUUUGACCUUUUCCAAGAAGACAAAUAACUAUUAGUUUAUAGAAGUCACAUUGACUAAAGGCACUGUUAUUAACUUAGCAGAGGUUCAGCAUUUCAUUCUAAUCCACACAAUUGGCACAGCGCUGGUUGGAGUUGCAUCUGAGAUCAGCACCCCGAAUGGGUAGAAAGCAGCAGCAGUAUACCAUGAAUGUUGAGCAAAGUUCAGGGGAGCAGUUAUUAAGAAAUCCAUACUGUUCAACUGAAGGAACACACUGUGGCUGUAGAUCACACCAUGUGACAUGUGAGCUGCAUCCGCCUCCAGAAAACCCAUGUUCACUCUGGAAAAUAUUUCUAAUGUGUCUGUUGGCUUGUCUAGUUGCCACAGCCAUUACAGCUCUGGCCUUUUAUUUUGGCCCCCUUGGCAACCCCAACAAUACCACCAUCGUCAUUCACACAGAUGGAGGGUCCUGUCAGGAUCCCUGCACCUCUGCUUCUACACCGUCUCUGACCUCAACACCUCCACCUGGAACUGAGACCACUCCAUCUUCUACUGUAACUACUACGGGCUCACCUACCAACUCACCCACACCUACUACAGUGAUGACUAAUACCACCAUAGAACAUGAGGUUGAAAUUGAAGAUUAUCAGAUAGUGUGAAAUCUCAGCCCUCAAGCCAGAUCAAUUUCCCCACUGAAAGGGGACAUAUUUAAGAUUCUGAACCCUGCCAUGAUGUCUCAAAGCACGUGGCUUUGUUAGAACCAGUUCUCUACUAAUCUAUGCUGCUUUCCAUGUGGUGAUAGUCUUGUACUGAUUAUGUAAUACCUGAGAUAGGUAGGGCUUCAACAGUUACUACCAUCUUCUAGAAGUUCUCUCAUUCUGAGACUUUUACCAUGUCAGGGAACAAUGAAAAAGGACUAAGGCUAGGAAAUUUGGGUAAGAGUUGGCUAGAUGGUCACUGCCUUCCUCUCUUGCAUGAUAUAGAACUGUUUUUCUAUAGAAGAGAACAUUUUUUUUUUUUUGAAUUUGUGUCACUCCUUGGCAUGCUGGUCAUGCAAGGAUAAAGCCAGCUAAGGUCAUCAUGUUAGUGCUUAUAAAUUCUUACUUUCCAACUUCUCUCCUUGAGACAGUUAGGGGUGGCAAAGGAGUAUCAUGGAGGGGACAGGGGAUCCAGGUCUACCUAGUGGCCCUGGAUAUCCAGGGACGGUAACAUCAAGUAGAGGACAUGUAUUGUUAGGUAUUAUGAAAGAUGGAGGUGCUGUUUGUCUGACCUGUAGCAUUGAGUCUUAGGAGUUUUGUUGGUGUUCUCUGCCUGAGUUUUUGUUGUUCUUGCUUCCCUAUUUGCAAGUUUCAAUAAACCUUAACUCUUGCAUGCCAUCUCUGAAUGUUAUCUUUGAUAUCUCAGCAACCUAGCCCCCUGUCUUAGCAUGUCUUGGCCGUGAAUGAUGCACUCACCAUGUUAAGUGAUUGGAAAAACAAAACUUCAGUAGACUCUGAGGGACUCACGUAGGCUAAUACAAAGAAUGUUUCAUUGUCUCUUUUGUACCACCAACCUUUUUGGCAUUAUUUUUAUCAAUGUUUUUGAGAAUUUAAUACAAUGUAUUUUGAACAGAUUCUUCAUUUCCAAACUCUUCCAAGAAUGACCCUUUCCAUCCUCCCAUCCCUUCUGAACCAACUUUCAGGUUAUUUCUUUCUUUCUUUAUUUUUUUCUUCUUUCCUCAUUGAGCCUGGCUUGUGCUUGUCUUGGGAUUGGGGCUUGCCUUGGAAUAGGGUCAUUCUACCAGAGUUACAUCACUAAAGAACGUUGAUUCUUCAUCUCC